CCUUGCGUCACCGUCGCGCCCGCAACUGGCCAUUGCUCGCUCUCACCACCACGCCAUCGCAAGCAUUGACGCCGCUCUAGGAUCCGCACCAUGGUCGAUGCUUGAAGCCUCGCCAGCUAGAUUUCCGCGACUUCUCCCGCCGAAGCGACGCAAGCUCCACACGCGCCGACCGAAGUCUAGCAACGUCAUCCCCCGCAGCGCACGCGGCAACCAUCGCCAUGGACUACAGCGCGUCCAUUAACGAGGCCGAGGAUCCGGCCGGUGCCUCGCCCUGGGGUAACUCGCCCCAGUCUUCGCCGCACCACAGUCGGACCGCCUUUGGCAACGUCGCUAGCGAGCCGCCGCCCUUCCCGUACACCCCCGAGAACUCCAACGGUCUCGGGCCAGCGGCUGUUGAGGGAGAGGGGUUCCAACGCCCGGGAACCGCUGCGACCGAGUCUGGCACCGAAGGCGAGGCUGGAGAUUCUUUGGCGAGUGAAGCCAAUGCAGCUGAGACGGUUGGUAGCUCGCAAGCCGUGGCCGCCGAGCAGGCCUCGCACACCUCGCAUGCCGAGCCCCGUUCCCAGCCAGCCGCCGCUCCGCAUGCGCAGCCUGGGCAGACGCGACAACCUCCUAAACCAGCUCAGCCUCAGUACAGGUUGCAGGCCAAAAUCACCGGCCUUGAGCGAACCGGCAAAAAGGACCCCGUGCUGCGGUUCGAUGUUCAUACGAACCUUCCACGGUUCCGGACGACCCAAUAUCGCGAUGUGAGGCGACUGCAUUCCGAAUUCGUCAAGCUAGCUGAUCACUUGAUUUCCGCCAACCCCGAGGCCCUGGUACCUGCGGUCCCGCCUCCCGUCACGGCGGCUGGGGCCGGCACCGACGAGGACGAGACUCGCGUCAAGGCCAUGAUGCAGCGGUGGUUCAACUACGUGUGCAGCAAUGACGUUCUGAUGAGGGAUGAUGAGAUGAUUCUUUUCGUCGAGAGCGACUUUGGCUACAGCCCGCUGGUAAAGAUGAAGCAACCUGCCACGGGCGUACGCCGGAAGAUCCUGAAGCAAUUCGCGCCCCCUCCUGAUGAUACCCCUGAGCUGGCGGAUGCCCGACCUACGGUCAAGUUGUUCUAUCUCGGCACAAUGGAUGCCGGUCACAAGGUGGACAAAAUGGUCAAGGCUCGGCGAGGCCUCGGUCUCGCGGAAUCUGACUAUGGAGUCAAGCUGGGCAGCAUGAACGUCCAGGAGCCACAUCCCGGUCUCGCCAAUGCCUACAGGAAGCUCGGCAAGGUCGUGCAGACCGUGGGCGACUACCACGCCGCCCAAGCGACGGCUGAGGCGGCCACAAUCGGAGACCCGUUUCAAUACCACUCCCAGGACUCUUUCAUCGUCAAGGAGUCCCUGACGAACCGCCAGAUCCUCAUUCGGGAGUUCCUGCAGGCGCAGGAAGCAACGCGAAGCAAACUCAACGCCGCCGACCGGCUCAAGGCUAGCUCAAGCGUGCGACGCGAAAAGGUUGACGAAGCCAUCGCGGCCCUCGACGAGGCCAGACAGAACGAAGAGUCGCUCUACAACAAGACCAACCGCGUCACGCAGAACCUUGUGCAGGAGCGGCGGAAGUGGUUCUCUCGCACUGCGGCCGACCUCCGACUGAGCAUCCGCGAGUACGUCUGUCGCGAAAUCGAAGCUGAGCGGCGGACGCUGGCUCUCCUGGAGACUGUGCGACCAGACAUACGCUCCAUCGACGCCUCGGGCGGCCUCAGCCGUCUCGGUCGCGAGGCGCACCCCACCAUCCGCCGCGCCAGCAUGGCCGCCAGCCAAGGCCCCAAGGGGGACGCGUGGAGCGGCGUGCCUCGGCGCUCCGACGCCACGAGCCGCAGUGUCUCGAGCAGCUUCAUGGGCAAGGUUGCCGAGGAGGGCGACGGCGGCGAUGACGAGCGCGAAGCCGGCCAGGGCAAGGCCGGUGGCGCAGGUACCGCUCACGCUGGCCUGCCGGGAGUGAAUGAGGACGACGACGACCGCAUCGAUGCGAGGAACGCGGCAAGCCGGCUCGCGACGAGCACCUUUUGAGGGAGAGUGGCGUGGCUGGUGAGAGUGUCGACGAUGAAUGUUAUGACGCAAGUGGUGCGGAGGCGGGCGGCUGGAUGGGGCACAUGGGCUUCAGUAUAUGCCUUUACUGCUAUGGCAUGUGCGCUUGUCCCCACGCUUCAUGGCUCCUACGGCACCAUAGCUGUUCAAUUAACAAUGUGUAUGCUGGAAUGGCCUGAGAAGCUGUCAUCAGUUCCAGCACCGGUGUAAACACUUUAGCGUAUAUGUCAACCAAGGCUAGUUAGUAUUUGCUUGCUUGGGACAA